AUGCAACUCCGCCUCCUCAUCUCCAUGGCUCUGGCCUCCCUCGCUCUCGCCAGAGAAUACCCGAUCAAACUCUCCCUCGAGAUCGACACGCAACACAUGCACAUCGCUGACGGGGAUGGGCCGUACGACAGCCCGUGUGGGAGUUACAAGACUUGUCUGGAGAUCUGUCCCAACAAGGAUUUCCAUGUCGUGGUGGAUGACUCCGACUGUCCAUCGCAGUUGAUCAUGGCUCGCUUUGAUCCCGAAGCCAUCCUCUUGUUUGGCCUCACCCUGCGAUAG